AUUGACCAUGUUGUUCUUACCGUAAAAAAUAUCCCUAUAAGCAUAGAAUUUUAUGCACGCGUUUUAGGCAUGCGAGCAAUUCAAUUCGGCGAUGCAUAUAAAAACCCACGUAUUGCUUUAAAGUUUGGCCAGCAAAAAAUUAAUUUACAUGAGGCUGGCGAUGAGUUUGAACCGAAAGCACGAACACCAACACCGGGCUCGGCUGAUUUAUGUUUAAUUACUGAAAAUGAUUUAGCACAAGCAAUGGCUUACAUGGAAAGUUGCAACGUUGAAAUUAUUGAAGGUCCCGUAGAACGUACAGGCGCAGUAGGAAAACUACAGUCCUUUUAUAUUCGCGACCCUGAUUUUAAUUUAAUAGAAAUUUCCAAUCAGAUUUAA